AGUUAAAGCUAAAGAUUAACAAAUUGUAACAAUUUAAUUGUUAACCGAAUUAAAUCAGUUCUUUUCAUUUGUUUCUUUUGUUUCAAUUGUAAUUGAUAAUCGGAUGACCUUUUGGUUAAAUUUUUAUUCAUUUUAAUUGUCAUUCAAUUCAUCUUAAUCGAUUAUGGGGAAAAUUAAAUCAUCGGCUUUUUGGUGGUUUAUGCAUCAUCUUCAGGAGAAAGAGCAUCGGAAAUCCGGACGUGUACCUCCAAUGAGUCAGAUUAAUGUGAAGGCUGGUGAUCUAUGGAAAAAGAUGUCACCUGAAGAGAGACAACCUUUCAUUGAUAAACACGAAAGAUAUAAAUCAGGAUCUCGACCUCCGUUGGUUGAUUUUUCACCCUCCAUGAGACACAGAAAUGAACCUAAUAGAAGACCAGUCAAAGAAGAUCCCGAUACUUCUAGGCCUGAAUCUCGUUCCUCGACAACCUCUAGUUCAACUCUUACUGAAGAUCAGAAUAGAAAGAAAAAAAUUACUGCCGCUUUAAUGAAAUAUAUCGAUGAAACUGAUAUAGAGAAAAUUUUGAAGACCAAAUUUUAUAUUAUCGCUUCUAAUGUUAUGUGUGCCACUAGGAAGGAAAUUGUGGUCGAUGGUUGUAUUACCGAAGAUAUUUACUAUCCAUUGGAAAUUGGCAUCGCUGAAUUUACAAUCGCUGAUGGAAUACUUUAUGCUUUCAACCAAUUUAUCGAUCCAGGACCUAUUCCCAAUAACAUGGCCCGAAUUUGCCAUGAACAUGCAAAGAAACACGAUAUACCUCUAAGUGAUUUCGGCCUUUUCAAAGGUUGUUGUAAGGAUCCUCUUACUCAAGAAUAUAUUCCAGAGCAGAGAAAAGAAGAGUUUGACAGAGUGAUCUGUGAUAUUCAUGAUAUGCUGGUGAAUUCAAUUAUCGAUGAGAUUCAAGAUACUCCUGAACAACCGAUUAAAUUGCUAUUCUGUCAAGCUGAUCAAACUUUCCAAAACAAAGGUGUCCUUAAAACGCUUGGAAAGGAAGCAGGUUACAACGAUUUUGCCGAUAAUAUCGAAGUGCUUGAUGUAUUGGAAUUAUUUUUCUUCCUGUGCCGUAGAAAAGGAUAUAAGGUGAAAGCAUUUCUUUUGGAUAUUCUAGAAUGUAGUAAAUUUAACUACGAUGGUCGAUGUGAAUAUCAUUCUAGCACCGAAUCAUCUUAUUGUGCCAUAACCGUUGCCAUGAAGUAUUGUUGGCUCAUGUUUGAGAAAUUAAGUGAGCUGUAUGAUUUUAAAUUAACAGAGAAACACAAGCCACCCGAAGAGAAGAAGAAAGAAAUUAAAACAUCAGAAGAUUGGCUCACAUGGGAAACUGAGCCACCACCGAAAUCAUCUACCAAGAGGCGAUAUUAUUGUGAAGAUUUCGAUGAGCCAAGACGACCAACUAAAGUUCAACAUUCGGUUGUUUGGACUGAAACGCUUGGUCGAGGAACGAGUAGACAUCGAGAUGUUCACUCAGCUAAUAGAUCAGCUGAUUCGGUGGUUUUCGCUUCAACCGAUAUUCGGGAAAGAAACAGAGAUAUCAAAAUGGAACCCGAAACAGAACCAAUUGCAGGUCCAUCACAUCGAGUCGACGUUAGGCCAAGAUUACCCGGCGCUCAACCAGUAGUUUCAGAUCCAUUUAAAGUUUACAAGCCUCAGAAAAAUUUAGAAUCAAAGCCUAGACCAGUACCACCUCCUACUCCUGAAACAUCAAGGCCACUUGGUAGAGGCCGAGGUCGAGAUCCAAGACCAAACAAUUAAAACAUUCGAGCGUUGAAAAGCUAAUCAAUUUGCAAGACCAAAAUGUUCAAAAGUUUUUUUUUUCUUCUCAUCAUCUCCAUACGUUUGUCCAAUCAUCAAUUUUCAGACAACAUUUACCAUGAAUUUCGCCGUCAAUCUUCCACUCAUUUAUUAUUGAAAUAUUUUCACAUCUUAAUACUAGUUAAUAGCUUGUAAAUUCCACCAAUAAUCUAAUAUUGUUAAUAAAUUUUCUACUUGAAUAAUUAAAA